AAACACGUGAGCUGAAAACCCAUAAAUAGAGGUCGAGGAAGCCAUUGUAGCUACAGGACAGUUUGCUGGCAGAAGUAAAGAGAAGUAACAUGGCGUCGACGAGCCGCGGAGAUGCUCUUCCCCUUCCCAAGGUGCAAUGUCCCAACCAUCCAGAUGCCCUGCUGGUGGAAGACUACAGGGCAGGAGACAUGAUCUGCCCUGAAUGUGGCCUUGUAGUAGGUGACAGAGUCAUUGAUGUGGGUUCAGAGUGGAGGACUUUCACCAAUGAGAAAGCCACCAAAGAUCCCUCCAGAGUGGGUGAUGCUCAGAACCCACUGCUCAACGGCGGAGACCUGACCACCAUGAUAAGCAAGGGAACAGGAGCAGCUAGCUUUGACGAGUUCGGCAACUCCAAAUAUCAGAAUCGCCGGACCAUGAGCAGUUCAGACCGGGCCAUGCUAAAUGCCUUCAAAGAGAUUACCACCAUGGCAGAUAGGAUCAACCUGCCAAGAAACAUUAUAGACAGAACAAAUAACCUCUUCAAGCAAGUAUACGAACAGAAGAGCCUGAAGGGACGGAGUAACGAUGCCAUUGCCUCAGCCUGCCUUUACAUCGCCUGCAGACAGGAGGGAGUGCCUAGGACAUUUAAAGAAAUCUGUGCCGUGUCUCGCAUCUCCAAGAAGGAGAUUGGCCGCUGCUUCAAGCUGAUCCUGAAGGCCCUGGAGACCAGCGUGGACCUGAUCACCACAGGAGACUUCAUGUCCCGCUUCUGCUCCAACCUCGGCCUGCCCAAGCAGGUUCAGAUGGCGGCCACCUACAUCGCCAGGAAGGCGGUGGAGCUGGACCUGGUGCCCGGACGUAGCCCCAUCUCUGUGGCCGCAGCUGCCAUCUACAUGGCCUCCCAGGCCUCCGCAGAGAAGAAGACCCAGAAGGAGAUUGGUGACAUAGCUGGUGUGGCGGAUGUCACGAUCAGGCAGUCGUAUCGACUGAUCUACCCACGCGCCGCAGACCUCUUCCCCCCAGACUUCAAAUUCGACACCCCAGUGGACAAACUUCCCCAGCUGUGAGGAGCGCACUCUAAUGACACAACACUUUCUGCUGUCUUUUUAGGGUCCUUUAUUUUACGUUGGAUUUCAAAGGUUUCUCUUUCUACCUUGUUUAUGAAGACUUCAAGCCUUUGUCAAGGCACUUUUGCCAGAAUACAGACAAAUACAGGAAACGCAUUCCAAUCCUCAAAUUAAACAGAUUGCAGACUGUACUUACACGAUUUCAUUUGAGUGUAUAUAUACUGUAUAUAUGUCCAAGUGAGAAUGUAAUUGAUGCUUGCAAUUUAGGCUGAUUUCAUACUGUAUACUUUCUUUUGUAGGAAAUGAGCAGGUUCUAUUUUGUUAGCUUGUUUGCAUUGUACUAAGUCAAUUAAAAAUGAAGUGCUUUUCAGAAAAGCAUAAUGAAACACCAUGUGAACUGAAUAUUAAACUUUGUUUACUGAACA